AUGCAGACGUCGAACAGGGACUACUUCUUCCAGACAACGUUGGCUAGGGCACAGUUGGAGAAUGCUGAGAGGAAGCGUGAGAAGUCCAAGAACUCGAAUGGAGGUCCAAUUAAGCUGCAGAGCAAAAUCUUAGCCAUAACGGCGGAUCCAGCUAGAGGCGAUGCUGUGUUUCUUGCAGAGAGUUCUGGAACUGCCAGACAGCUUAUGCUAGAAACGGGUGAAUCAGCUGCAGUCUACAGAGGCCCUACAGCACCACUGCCAUGUAUCUGCCUUUCUCCAGAUGGUAGUACUGUUUAUGCUGGCUGCUGGGAUAAGUCCAUCUGGAGCUGGGAUGUGAAAACACGUAAACCCGGUCACAAAUUUUCCGGCCACACUGAUUUUGUCAAAGCGGUCAUCUACGCCAGUUCUAGUGGCCGCAACCUGCUCAUAUCAGGAGGAGCUGAUGCAGAGAUUAUUAUCUGGGAUGCCACCACUGGGACCAGACUACACGUCUUGAAAGGCCAUGCCCACGGAAUACAGUGUCUGGCCACUGACCCGAUAGCAAAGGCGGAAGGCGGCCCUCUUACGGUAUUCAGUGCAUCCAGUGGCCAGGGUAUUCAAUCUUUCACCGUCCCUCCGAGUCUCAGCGAUGUGGCUCUCUCGGAUCCCUUCAAAGUCCAUGAAACCAGUAUCUAUAAAAUAUUCUUCGACGAGGACGGGGAUCUAUGGACUGCCUCGGCUGAUAAUAUAGCUCGGUGUCUCACCCGGCAGAGAGGAUGGAAAUCUGAAACCGCACUGGAACAUCCAGAUUAUGUCAAAGAUAUCGUGGUCGACGAAGCCCGAGGGUGGGUCAUCACAGCCUGUAGAGACGAAGAAGUCCGAGUUUGGGAUAGAGCGACCGGAGAGCUUCACCAUACCUUCUCCGGCCACUUUGAAGAAGUCACAGGGUUGCUUAUCGUGGGAUCAAAGGUGAUAAGUGCCAGCAUCGAUGCCACAGUUCGCCAAUGGCCCCUGGACCCAAGAGAGAUACAGCAGGCAAAGGCUGCUGCGGAAGAGAAGACUCAAGCCGCUGCGGAGCCUGCUCCCGAGUCAAUGCUAACGGAGGAAGAAGAACGAGAACUCGAUGAACUACUAAACGAUAGCUAA